AUGCAGGAUUUACUUGGAUACGGGACCUCCAUAGCAUCUCUACUAGAGAAAGUCGACAGGGUAACCUACGAGGUUCCCGAAGCCCUCUGGUCGCUUUCAGUCUUAGACCAGACUCUUCAGGACUGGGAAACCAGCCAUUUACAACAGGGAGACGUUGGCUAUUGGCCCGUAACACCCAAUCAGCUAAACUUGAAUGCCAGCCUACAAGGCCUACCAGACACCUGUUUUGCCUUUCCAAACGUGGCAUCAGGGAACGCGCUCACUCACUGCUGGGCUUUUCGGGUGGUGUGUUUGCUAGAAGUGAUGGGCCCGGAACGAUCAAUAACGGAUGAAGCAAGCUCCAACAAUGCUACGCUCAAUGAAGGAAGCUGGCGAUCACGCAUACUGGACUUGACCAUGAUGAUUUGCCAGGGACUACCCUAUCUCGUCCAACAAAAUAUGGGGUUGUAUGGUCCCCUGUCAGCGGCGUUCCCACUUGGCAUGGUGAACAAGACCAUCCACAGACUCGGCUUGCAGGACCAUCGCAUAGCUGCAUGGCACAGCUUGAUUCAAGCGCAAAUAGUUCCUCGACAUGGUCCUUCUGUGAACAGCUCUAACCGAUGA